AUGAAGAACGAAGGGGUUGCAAAAAUAGCCCCCUACUCACCUGUUUCACUGCAACUCCCCCUUCCCCUUUCUGCUUCAAUGGUCAACAACCCCAUUUUCAUAUGGAAAAAACUUGGUUUGUUCUCACAAUCGAGUCCUAAAUCUGGUUUAAAUCGCCUCCCUCCUGGAUUACAGCAAGGUAUCUAUAUCCAGUCUCAUUUCUUCAUACAAAUAAGGAAAUUGUUAAAUGAAGUUUGUACAAAAGAUAUUGGGAAAGAUGGUUUGGUUGCUUUCCAAUCGGAUCAUGUGAGUAGGGUUAGUUCAGAUGUAGGUGUAUGUUACAAGUGAGGCAAGUUCAUUAUGUAACCAUCUCUCAAAUGGGCCGGUCACCCUAAUGUUACUGUUGAUGUUGAAUCAUUUGGUUUGAAAGCAACGAUCAAUGUUAUUAUUUUUUAUAUAAUAUUAAUACACAAUGUUGUUUAAACCAAGUGGUUUUAUAAUAGCAAUACACAAAACUAUUUGAAGCCAUCAUUGUAUUUGACAUCAGGUAACACAUUCCACAAUGCAAGAAAUAGUAUUUGCAUGUUUGUGUAUGUAUGUGACUGUGUAUGCAUGUGACUUUAUCGUGUGUAGUUAUUUGUAAAAACAAAUGAUAGUAAGCUGCU